AAAUUCUCCUUCAAUUCUCACUCUUAAAUCUCUCUCUAUCUCUAUCUCAUACCUCACUCCUCAUUCUCUUCUUCCUCCUCUCUCUAAAAAGAAUGGUGGAUCUUCAAACCGUUUGCUGCAUGUGCGGUGAUGUUGGUUUCCCUGACAAACUUUUCCGUUGCAACAAAUGUCGAAACCGCUUCCAGCACUCGUAUUGUAGCAAUUACUAUGGGGAAUUACCGGAGAUACAAGUGUGUGAUUGGUGCCAAAGCGAGGAAAAGAGCAGCACAAGGCAUCUUAUUGGAUCCUCCACUUCCAAGAAAUCCGUUACGACCCCCGGAAACGAUC